AUUGUCAAAUGAUUAUUAUAUAAAAGUAAGUUUCAGCUUAUUCGAAUCAUAGAUGAAGUAGUGCUCUUUCUUGAAUCACACCACUCAACCAGAAGUAUGUUUGCCAGAUUUUUACCGAUUUUAGCUGCUUUUGCUGUGGAUCUAUCACCGUGUCUUGGUCAAUAUGCUGGUGCCGGGGGAGGUGAAGGAAUGGCUGGAGGCAUGGCUGGUAUGGGGCAGAUGAUGGCAGGAAUGGGCGGAAUGGGGAAUUUUGCAAGUAUGUUUGGUGGAGGUGGUGGAGGAGGAGGCGGUGGAGAAGGAGGAAGAAAUAACGGAAUGAUGAGUGCAUUUGCGUCUAUGAUGGGAAACGGCGCUGGAGCUGAAAAUGGAGCUGGAGCUGGGAAUGGAAAUGGAAAUGGAUUGCCACCAAUUGCUGCUAAUAUGAUCAGACAACAAGUUACUGAGGCCGUUCAUUAUAUUGUUGGUCCUGAAGCCAAGCCGGACCAAGCAAUUAUCGCAUACGCCACAACUCAGGGACGCGUUCCUAGUACAAUGUUUGAAAUGCUUCCUUAUAUGCCUUACUUACAAAAGAUUGCUCUAACAUCGUACGGACCGUGGCUUGAGGCAGAGGCCGCGGCUCCACCUUCAACGAAUGGUACAAAUCCGGCUACUGGACCAACUGACCCAGCAGUUAAAGCUAAAAAUCUUGUUGCCCUGAAAAAAGCCCUUGAAGCGACAGUAAUGAGAAGGGCUGUAUCAUAUAUGAACAGACCACAGACACAGCAGGCAGCCGCGGGAGCUGGUAUGAUGGCAGCUAUGGGACGAAUGAUUCCUAAUAUGAUUAGAGGAAUUUCAGCACAAUACAUGUAGAUGACAAGUGAUUAGAAUAGGGCAAAUUGUUAUUUUCAUCAUUUAAACAAACUGUAAAAAGAUAUCAUUGAAGAAUUCUGACUUUUUAACUAAACAUGUUCAAAAAUUGUUGCAAAAGACAAUCGUGUCAGUGUUUUCGGUCUCUCUGAAAACUUUUCAUCUAUUUUGAUGAAUUGAAAGAGUAAUGUUAUCUUCUUUAAGGAGAAUAUGAUAACUCUCUCAUAACCUAUUAGAUGUAAAUUUAUAAAUAUAAAGAGCUGUGUGAAGCCUUUAAACUGGUUCUUGUUGCUGGGUCGUAUGGGGGUUGCGUUUAUUGAACGCCGCCUUUCCUUGUUGAUCUCGUUUAUCGUAUUUUAAAGAAUACAGAGAAAAAUUGUCCUGACAGGACGCCCAGAAUGACAAGAUUUACAAUGUUUAGUACGUCAAACAAUGCCGAUUAUAUUUAUUUUGUUACUAUUCUUUUAAAACACUGAAUUUGUGAUAGUCCCUUCUAGAACUCACAAAAUGGCUGCUGCACAAUUAAUUGACUUGAAUAUCCAUGCCCAUGCCCAACUUACAGUCUGGAUAUACGAUUUCGUUAUCAAUUUUAAUGUAAUCACUUUUGAAAGAUCCCCUUUUCUCCCUAAGUUAUAAACUUUCCUUACAAUACAUUAUUAUUUACGUUUGUUAUAUCAAUGAUAUUUGAAAUAUUUAUGAUAUUUGAAAUAUUACUUAUUAUCUUUGUAUUCAUAUAUUCAUGCAAGAUAUAAUAUUUAACUUUGUUUUACAAGAGUGAACAGUGUAUAACGAAAAUGGCACAGAUUGCAUUAUGCUUUAUUUGAAGCAAACAUGAAUAUUGCUCUUUUUAAAUAUUGUAUACAAUUUGUAACGAAGAAUAAAGUUAUGUUUAA